UAUUGUAUAAAUAGCUAUGUCCAGAUUGUUACAUUUGCUCAGUAAUUUGGUGUUGAGUUACAUGUCAAUAAACAUAAUUAUAUUUUAAAAUGUGUUUUGUUCUUCAUGUAGAAUACAAAUCAUAUUCCCCUGAAGCCCUCUGGAGAUACCUCACAGCUCGCCAUGAUUGGUUAAACAUUAUCUUAUGGAUUGGAGAAUUUCAAACCCAGCAUAGUUAUGCUUCAUUUCGGCAGAACAAAUGGCCCCUUCUGACUAUUGAUGUUAUUAACCAGAAUACUUCCUGUAACAACUACAUGAGGAAUGAAAUUUUAGAUAAGCUGGCCAGGAAUGGGAUUUUUCUGGCAUCUGAACUGGAAGACUUUGAAUGCUUCCUCCUAAGACUGAGCCGUAUUGGAGGUGUCAUACAGGAUACCCUCCCUGUUCAAAACUACAAGACCAAAGAAGGUUGGGAUUUCCAUUCUCAAUUCAUUCUCUAUUGUUUGGAGCACAGUCUGCAGCAUCUUCUUUAUGUCUACCUUGACUGUUACAAACUUAGUCCUGAAAAUUGCCCCUUUUUGGAAAAAAAAGAGUUACAUGAAGCACACCCUUGGUUUGAAUUUUUAGUUCAGUGUCGACAAGUUGCCAGUAAUUUAACAGAUCCCAAACUGAUCUUCCAGGCUAGCCUUGCAAAUGCUCAGAUUUUGAUUCCCACCAAUCAGGCCAGUGUAAGCAGUAUGCUAUUGGAAGGACAUACCCUCCUGGCCCUUGCUACUACAAUGUAUUCUCCUGGGGGUGUCAGCCAGGUUGUUCAGAAUGAAGAAAAUGAAAACUGUUUGAAGAAAGUGGAUCCCCAGCUAUUGAAGAUGGCAUUAACUCCUUACCCCAAGCUAAAAACUGCUCUCUUCCCACAGUGCACUCCUCCUAGUGUCCUGCCAUCUGAUAUUACACUCUAUCACCUUAUUCAGUCAUUAUCACCCUUUGAUCCUAGCAGAUUGUUUGGCUGGCAGUCUGCUAACACACUAGCUAUAGGAGAUGCAUGGAGUCAUCUCCCACAUUUCUCUAGCCCUGACCUGGUUAAUAAAUAUGCUGUAGUGGAACGUCUGAAUUUUGCUUAUUAUUUACAUCAUGGACGGCCGUCAUUUGCAUUUGGUACUUUUCUGGUCCAGGAAUUAAUCAAGAGCAAGACUCCCAAGCAGCUGAUCCAGCAAGUAGGCAAUGAAGCCUAUGUCAUAGGGCUCUCCUCCUUCCACAUACCUUCAGUAGGAGCUGCAUGUGUUUGUUUCUUAGAAUUGCUUGGCCUUGACAGCCUCAAACUCAGAGUUGAUAUGAAAGUGGCCAAUAUAAUUUUGAGAUACAAGUGCAGAAAUGAAGAUGCUCAGUACAGCUUUAUCAGAGAGUCUGUAGCCGAAAAACUAUCUAAACUAGCUGAUGGUGAAAAGGCAACCACAGAAGAAUUGCUUGUUCUCUUAGAAGAAGGUACAUGGAACAGCAUUCAGCAACAGGAAAUAAAGAGGUUAUCCAGUGAGUCUAGCAGCCAGUGGGCAUUAGUGGUACAGUUCUGCAGGCUACACGAUAUGAAACUAAGCAUAUCUUACCUUAGAGAAUGUGCCAAAGCAAAUGAUUGGCUGCAGUUCAUUAUUCACAGCCAACUCCACAACUACCACCCAGCAGAGGUGAAAUCCCUUAUCCAGUACUUCAGCCCAGUUGUUCAAGACCACUUAAGGUUGGCUUUUGAGAACUUGCCCUUAGUGCCCACCUCCAAAAUGAACAUCAGUCAAGUCUGCAAUAAGUCCUCCCAGGAACUUCAGGGAAGCAAAGAAGUGAUGACCGAUUUAUUUGAAAUUCUGCUCCAGUGCUCAGAGGAGCCAGACUCCUGGCACUGGCUUCUGGUUGAAGCAGUGAAACUACAGGCGCCUAUCCUCAGUGUUCUGGCCUCAUGUCUCCAGGGUGCCAGUGCCAUUUCUUGUCUCUGUGUUUGGAUCAUCACUUCUGUGGAGGACAGUGUUGCAACUGAAGCAAUGGGAUACAUUCAGGACUCGAUAGAGGACCAUACCUGGAACCUUGAGGAUCUUUCAGUCAUCUGGAGAACAUUAUUAACAAGACAGAAGAGCAAAACUCUCAUCAGAGGUUUCCAACUUUUCUUUAAGGAUUCCCCAUUACUGUUGGUGAUGGAGAUGUAUGAACUGUGUAUGUUCUUCAAGAAUUAUAAAGAAGCUGAAGCUAAACUUCUGGAGUUUCAGGAGAGCCUUGAAAUACUUAACACAGCAGCCACAAAGGUCCACCCUGUCAUCCCUGCUAUGUGGCUGGAGGAUCAGGUGUGUUUCCUUUUGAAGCUUAUGCUACAGCAGUGUAAGACCCCAUAUGAGCUGGGGAAGCUUUUACAGCUCUUUGUUGAAAGAGAGCAUCUCUUCUCUGAUGGUCCAGAUGUGAAAAAGCUGUAUGUCCUUUGCCAAAUUUUGAAGGAUACAUCCAUAGCCAUUAAUCAUAUCAUUAUUACCUACUACAGCAUUGAGAAUUUUCAGCAUGAAUGUAAAUCUAUUUUGGAAAGACUGCAGACAGACGGACAGUUCGCUUUGGCCAGGAGGGUAGCAGAAUUAGCUGAGUUACCUGUGGACAACUUGGUUAUUAAAGAGAUAACACAGGAAAUGCAGACUCUAAAACACAUUGAACAGUGGUCACUAAAACAAGCAAGAAUUGACUUCUGGAAAAAAUGCCAUGAGAAUUUUAAAAAAUUUUCAAUUUCAAGCAAAGCAGCUUCUUCCUUUUUCUCAACUCAGGCCCAUGUGGCCUGUGAGCACCCAGCUGGAUGGAGCAGCAUUGAGGAACGCCAUCUGCUGCUCACUUUGGCAGGGCACUGGCUUGCCCAAGAGGACGUAGUGCCCUUGGACAAGCUGGAGGAGCUGGAGAAGCAGAUCUGGCUCUGCCGCAUCACCCAGCACACUCUUGGAAGAAAUCAGGAGGAAACAGAGCCCAAAUUUUCUCGACAGAUCUCAACUAGUGGCGAACUUUCCUUUGAUAGUUUAGCCAGGGAGUUUUCCUUCUCCAAGUUGGCUGCUCUGAACACAUCAAAAUACUUAGAACUUAACAGCCUUCCAUCCAAAGAGACAUGCGAGAAUAGACUGGAUUGGAAAGAGCAGGAGUCACUAAACUUUUUGAUUGGGCGCCUACUGGAUGAUGGCUGUGUGCAUGAAGCAAGUAGAGUAUGCCGGUAUUUUCAUUUCUAUAAUCGAGAUGUUGCCUUGGUGUUGCACUGCAGAGCACUGGCCUCAGGAGAAGCUAGUAUGGAGGAUCUGCACCCGGAGAUCCAUGCUCUCCUACAAAGUGCUGAGCUGCUUGAGGAAGAACCCGAUAUUCCCUUAAGGAGAGUCCACAGCACUUCAAGUCUGGAUAGUCAGAAGUUUGUGACAGUGCCCUCCAGUGAUGAAGUGGUGACUAACCUGGAAGUGCUGACAAGUAAAUGCCUCCAUGGAAAGAACUACUGUCGACAGGUCCUCUGUCUGUAUGAUCUUGCCAAGGAGUUGGGCUGUUCCUACACAGAUGUUGCUGCUCAGGAUGGUGAAGCCAUGCUCCGGGAAAUCUUGGCCUCUCAGCAGCCUGACCGAUGCAAACGAGCCCAGGCCUUCAUCAGCACACAGGGCCUUAAGCCAGAUACUGUGGCUGAACUCGUGGCAGAAGAGGUGACACGGGAGCUGCUUACUUCAUCACAGGGAACAGGACAUAAGCAGAUGUUCAGCCCAACAGAGGAAAGCCAGACAUUUCUUCAGCUGACCACUCUGUGUCAAGACCACACAUUGGUAGGCAUGAAGUUGUUGGAUAAGAUUUCCUCCGUUCCCCAUGGGGAAUUGUCUUGCACCACAGAGCUCCUGAUCCUGGCCCAUCAUUGCUUCACCCUGACGUGCCACAUGGAGGGCAUCAUCCGAGUCCUGCAGGCCGCCCGGAUGCUCACAGAUAACCACCUGGCCCCCAGUGAGGAGUAUGGACUGAUGGUACGGCUCCUCACUGGCAUUGGAAGGUACAAUGAGAUGACAUACAUAUUUGAUUUGCUGCAUAAAAAGCACUACUUUGAAGUGCUGAUGAGGAAGAAGUUGGAUCCGAGUGGUACCCUGAAGACAGCCCUGCUGGACUACAUCAAACGCUGCCGUCCUGGAGACAGUGAGAAGCACAAUAUGAUUGCCCUGUGCUUCAGCAUGUGCCGGGAGAUUGGCGAGAACCACGAGGCAGCUGCCCGCAUCCAACUGAAAUUGAUUGAGUCUCAGCCCUGGGAGGACAGUCUCAAGGAUGGGCACCAGCUGAAGCAACUGCUGCUGAAGGCCCUGACUCUGAUGCUGGAUGCAGCAGAGAGUUAUGCCAAGGACUCUUGUGUGCGACAGGCCCAGCACUGUCAGCGGCUCACCAAGUUGAUAACUCUGCAGAUUCACUUUCUGAACACUGGCCAGAACACAAUGCUUAUCAACUUGGGCCGCCACAAGCUAAUGGACUGUAUUCUGGCCCUACCUCGGUUCUACCAGGCUUCUAUUGUGGCUGAGGCCUAUGAUUUUGUUCCAGAUUGGGCUGAAAUUUUAUACCAGCAAGUGAUACUUAAAGGAGACUUUAAUUACUUGGAAGAAUUUAAGCAGCAAAGGUUAUUAAAGUCUAGUAUAUUUGAAGAGAUUUCCAAAAAAUAUAAACAACAUCAGCCUACUGACAUGGUCAUGGAAAACCUGAAGAAAUUACUCACAUAUUGUGAAGAUGUUUACCUGUAUUACAAGUUGGCAUAUGAACACAAGUUUUAUGAAAUUGUAAAUGUGCUUCUGAAGGACCCUCAGACAGGCUGCUGUCUAAAGGACAUGCUAGCAGGUUAGAUGAUUUCACAGGUGCCUGUUUUCUUGUACUGUUAGCAGGUUCUGACAGAUGUGAUGAGUAGAAUAAUGCAUUGGAGAUCUUUGUUAAAGUUGAACAAUCCCGGUACUGUAACAUAUCAGUCCUUUGUGGGUAGUAGGCAGCAAAUGAGAAACUUUUCAGAAGGAAAUUCCUAUUUAAAAUGGAUUGAUUUUAGAUGACUGUUCAUCUAUACCAUUUUAUAUAGAUACUAGUAUUAAGAUCAAAAGCUUCCUCUUCCUCAGGACAGCUUCUACUUUAGAUGAUCCAAUAGUGAUUAAAGAAUAUACCUGUACCUGCAGAUUCCAGUUUCAAAGAAAUUUAAUAUUAUUUACACAGUUAAGGAACAGGUGAUACAUUUUCAUUUGUUAGAAACUGAUCUUUCUGUAAUAAAAUAGAUUUUCAAUUCA